AUGGCUGAGUGCGAAAAGCUGGUGGAGGGAGGGACAGGGGAAGUAGCCAUGCUGGCAGCAGCUGUGCUGGUGCUUGCAGGGUACCAUGCCGUGUUCCAUGUGCUGCAACAGAGCAAGGACGCAACAAGAGUUACCAUCUUCUCGUUCUCGAAGGAGAUGAACUAUCAAUGGAUUCGGAAACACAUGGAGGGGGAUAGCUACUCGCUCACUGCCGUCCAGGCACUGAGGAACCAGAUGCUGGUCGGGAUCUUCAUCGGAGAGACGUCCUUCAGCUCUCUUGCAGUCAUCAUCAGCGCAGUAAGCGCAAUCGACCUGACCUGCACCCUCAAGGUCUAG